CACUGAUGGGACGGCCACGCACGGAUGGUGGUGGACCAACCACAUUCCAUGAACCCUUUCCCCCUUUCUGCGGCCACUCGACCCGGACCCUUGCAGGGAAAUUAUUGUUUGGUCGUCUCAAGAGGGCGGGAAAGCGAAGUUGUUCAACAAGAACUCAAGUCUCAGUGCGCAUUCUUCACCCCAACGCCAGCUUGCCGCGACUCAAUCGUAUCUCUGCAAGGCGCUGAACUUUUUUUCCUGUCUUUGAGAUACCCCCAUUUGGCUUGACAACAUCAUACGACGACUUUCUUUCGUUCAACAGCCUCCUGACCGCCAGGAGCCAAACUAAUUAAUCUUCUGUCCAUCACCCGACUCGCUGUCUACGUCCGUCCCCAGUUUCAUCGAUCACAAUGGCGGCCAUGCCUGCUGCCACCAUCUACCCUCAGAGCCAUGUUGGUUUUGACAGCAUCACGUCGCAGAUUGAGCGUAAGCUCCUGAAGCGUGGCUUUCAGUUCAACGUCAUUUGCGUUGGUCAGACUGGUCUGGGUAAAUCAACCCUGAUCAACACCAUCUUCGCCUCGCAUCUUAUCGAGACAAAGGGAAGGCACCACCCUGAUGAGGUUAUCCGUUCGACGACCGAGAUUCAUCCCGUUUCACACAUCAUUGAGGAAAAUGGUGUGCGCCUGCGGCUCAACAUUGUUGACACGCCAGGCUACGGUGACCUGAUCAACAACGACCGCUGCUGGGACCCCAUCGUCAAGUACAUCAAGGAUCAGCACUCUGCCUACCUUCGAAAGGAGCUCACUGCCCAGCGUGAGCGCUACAUCCAGGACACCCGCAUUCACUGCUGCCUGUUCUUCAUUCAGCCUUCAGGACACUCGCUGAAGCCGAUCGAUAUUGUCGUUCUCAAGAAGCUGUCAGACGUUGUCAAUGUUGUGCCGGUUAUUGCCAAGGCCGAUUCUUUGACUCUUGAGGAGCGUCAGGCUUUCAAGGAGCGUAUCAAGGAGGAGUUUGCUUUCCACAAUCUGAAGAUGUACCCGUACGACAACGACGACCUUGACGAGGAUGAGCGUUCCCACAACCAGCAGAUCAAGGCUACCGUUCCUUUCGCUGUUGUCGGAUCAGAGAAGUCGAUUAUUGUCAACGGCAAGCAGGUUCGCGGGCGUCAGAACAGGUGGGGUGUGAUCAAUGUCGAGGACGAGGAGCACUGCGAGUUUGUGCACCUGCGGAACUUUUUGCUGCGUACACACCUGCAAGACCUUAUCGAGACAACGUCACAGAUCCACUACGAGACUUUCCGCACGAAGCAGCUUCUCGCCCUGAAGGACCCUAGUGCUCAGGGCCACAGCAGCAGACCUAUCUCUCCCGCCGCCGAGCGUGAGAUGAGCCGCAGCUCGCAAAGGAUGACUAUGAAUGGCUACUAGGCGUCAGGCAUUCAUGGGGAACAUUCUAUGGCCAUGGCAAAAUAAGCCAGGCAGCGACUGUCUGGGCUUCAUGGUCACAAUGGAUCGGACAUUCGUUGUAUUGCCAUUAAACCCUUGAAAGAAAAAAGAGCGAUUUGACUGUAACACAAUGAGGAGUCAGCAGUUGACGCGAGUCCGCGGACAGUCCGUCAUUUUUGGUUUCCAUUUCUGGGGGCAUAUGUGGAGUAUGGCGGUGGUGAUGGCGUGGUCAUACCCUUUCGUCUGUUUAAUAAACGGUGUGCGCGUGCGUCCUGCUCGAUGGGCAUGGCUCCCACUUGUUGCUGGAUGGCACGCAGUUACGGCGUCUUUUGUUACUUUGUCCCUUGUUUCCUUUUUUCGCCUUCGCUUCUUAUUACCCCUGACUUUGGACCCGAGUUAUACAGUAUCUUUUAUUUCUUUCAACUAUUUCAUAAUGAUGCCUCCAGCAGCCUCUCGUGUUUCAUUGUUGCUCUUCUAAUCUACAUGGAGCUGGUUCUAAUGACAAGUCUGUUUGCGCGACGAGAGGGCUAGUUGUUUCCAUGCCGGAAUGUCGGUUAACUGGUCUGGUAUCCCAGAUCUUGGCCUGUAAAUUAUUUCCCAGGUUUCCAACGAAAGCAGUCGCUGUCACUAGAUUCUCAUCCAUAUCAAUAGGAUAGUACUUUCGCCCUUGGCAUGGACUGGG